AUGAAUGUCAUCGUUCAGGAUGGCAACGACUACUUUUCGGCCCAGGAUUGGGGAAAAGCAGCCGAACGCACCAUGUGCUCGGCGCUUGGCUUUGAUGCCAUACUACUGAGCUGUCAGGACUCGUUUGGCAUCGCCCGCCAGGACGUUAUGACUUUUGAUGCCGCCUUCCUCGCGGAUCCCGCCUAG